GAGUAAAAGAAGGGCAAUAUGCGUGUAAAGCUAAUAAAGGCAGUUUCGGGAAAAGUCAUUCUCAUGCUUUGCAUUGCAAGCUUCCUGGGAGGAUCACUUUUUACUACCAUCAGGACAUCUAUUCACUCUUCUUUAUUACAUAAUAAAGAUGCAGACGACGAACUCACCACAAUUGCAAAUGAUUUUGAUCAUAAAAUCGAAUUGGUUGAAGGUAGUAGUAGUUCAGGCGAUAUUAUGAGAGAAGUAACCAAGACGCAUCAAGCUAUCCAAUCACUGGACAAAACAAUAUCAACGUUGGAAAUGGAAUUGGCGGCGGUAGGUCGAACAAGAAGACUAGGCAGUCAACUUUCAUCAUCAGAAAAGGAAUCCAAUAGGACUCAUCAAAAUCAAAUACAGAAAGCAUUUGUGGUCAUCGGAAUUAAUACUGCUUUCAGCAGCAAGAGACGACGAGAUUCUAUUCGUCAAACUUGGAUGCCCACAGGAGAGAAGCUAAGGAAAUUGGAGGAAGAGAAAGGGAUCAUAAUAAGGUUUGUAAUAGGAUACAGUGCCACACCGGGUGGUGGUGCUGGUGGAGGAGUCCUUGAUGGAGCGAUCGACGAAGAGGAGGUUGAGUAUAAUGACUUCCUUCGCCUCAACCACGUGGAGGCCUACCAUAGGCUCUCCACCAAGACUCGCUUGUAUUUCUCCACCGCUCUCUCAAUCUGGGAUGCUCAAUUCUAUGUUAAGGUGGAUGAUGAUGUCCAUGUCAAUUUGGGUAUGCUAGCGAGUACGCUAGCGCAGUAUCGGUCGAAACCCAGGAUCUACAUUGGAUGUAUGAAGUCUGGACCAGUUCACUCUAGAAUAGGGGCAAAAUAUCACGAGCCAGAAUUUUGGAAGUUUGGGGAAGAAGGGAACAAGUACUUUAGACAUGCUACCGGUCAAAUCUAUGCAAUUUCCAAUGACCUCGCAACUUACAUCUCUAUCAACUCGCCCAUUUUGCAUAGAUAUGCAAAUGAGGACGUGUCAUUGGGGUCAUGGUUCAUUGGCUUAGAAGUUGAACAUGUUGACCAUCGUUCUAUGUGCUGUGGAAGCCCUCCAGAUUGUGAAUGGAAGGCAGAAGCAGGGAAUGUAUGUGUGGCAUCAUUUGAUUGGUCAUGCAGUGGAAUAUGCAAAUCCGCGGAGAGAAUGAAAAAUGUUCACAAUACGUGUGGAGAAGGAGAUGGUGUUGUUUGGAACGUAAGUUUGUAAAUGAAUAUGUCUCAAUCUCUCACUAUGUUUUCAUACAAUACAUAUACAUCCUUCAAAAACACAAGAUACUCGCCUUUUUCUUUUUUCCUUUCAUAAUUUUUGUUCCUCUUUCUCUAUCUUAUAUAUAUUUAGAAAGACAAAAUUAUUGAAUAAUGUAAUUUCAAAUAUUAUGACAAAUUCAGUUUGUUUGCUUUUGUAA